AUGAAGGUGUAUUCGAUUUACAUUUUGAAUAAGUCAGGCGGUUUGAUUUACCAACAGGAUGUAAAUCCUGGUCUCAACAAGCUCACUUCCAACGACUACUUGGUAUUAGCGGGCACUCUCCAUGGUGUACAUGCCAUAGGCUCACAGCUCAAUUCUAUGAUGGGACCAAGAGAAAACAAGUCUUUUGACAAUUCUAACAAUACAUUAAUUGGCACCGAAAGAGCACAGAAUCCAAACACGAACAGAAGUGGAGUGCAAAGUAUAGAGUCCGACCUUUUCAACUUGUAUUUAUUCCAAACCUUGACUGGCUACAAAUUUAUUCUCAUUACAUCGCCCAACACUGUGGUUCAUAAUGUCCAAGAAUCCAAAGCAUUUGGCAGGGGGGACCUCAAUAAGCAGUAUAGUGCGGUCAACGAGCUUUUCAAGCAGGUUUACUUGUGCUUCUCUGACUACGUGAUGAAAGACCCGUUUUACUCGUUGGAAAUGCCCAUUAAGAGCGGCUUGUUUGAUUCUAAAGUACGAGCUAUGGUACAAUAA